AUAUAUUUCAUUAUGUAGUAUAAAAAUAUAAAAAAAUGUACGGUCAAAAUUUCUAGACAAAAUUAAUUUACUUUGCGAUGUUCCUGGGCACGAGUCAUUUGGUUUUUUAACUGAUCAGUGUGAUUUGACUGUAAUAUCAUGAGUCAUGAUACUGUCUGAAUCUGAUGUUUUUGUUUUUAUCAGCAAGUAUAACCUAAAAAACGUCUUUAUCAAACCGUGAAUACCCGACGUGAACACACCAUAAUCUGAAAUKAAGCAAUAAGAAUUAAUUCGGGCAUCAGAACAAUAGCACUAGAUUCUGCAAGAGCAAGUCAUAGGAGAAGAGCAAUGUCUUUCCCAUCAAUGAGGCGUAUUCCAUAUUUGCAAUGCAUUCGUUUUCKAGGCUUUUUUUUCAUUAAUUCUUGGUAGAGUCCUAGAAAGUGAUGUCCACCAUUAGCACAUUAUUACAGAACCCACAUCAUACCGUAUUUGAGUAGAGCACUGGAAUUCCCAAUGGUGUGGUGAGGGUUCAGUUCUUCAAGGAUUUGGAGCCAUAAGCUGUUGUUUCCCUCACCACUCUACAUAUACUAGUGAUGAAAUAAAUUGAAAAAGUCUCGUAAAAAAUUGAUAUUGAAUACCCUCAGUACAUUUUGGUMUCGCAUUGUGCAUUUUUCCGACAACCAUUUUCAACUGCGAUUCAACUCAUCAUAAGUAUCACGUGACCCUUGUUUGUAAUGUCCCAGUUAUUGUAAGAACAAAUUGACUUUAUGCUUUGUGCCUUUUUCAAAUCUAAAUCUAGUUUACUAGCGGUACUUGCAUUGGGAGUGUGUARUGUACAAUGAACGUCACGUACGCGCGGGCGGGAUGCGUUCCGUUACCUUCAGUGCAUUCUUGAAAUUUCUAAAGUCAAAAGCCGUCUAAAUUGUUCAUAUAUUUAACAUUUUAUUGCCUUAUAAUCCUCAAAUUGCAAUUGUUAUUGGUUAAAAGGAAAGUAAGUCGAGGAUUAGAGAUWAAUACCAGUAUAUUGUCGGGGACGCAUUAAUAGCAGGAAGGGUCCCCUAAUCUUGUUUAUUAUACAUUUAAUUAUACGCGCACCAAUCUUUUUAGUUGUACUAAAACGCCCCUUGUAAUUUUCUCUCUUUCAAUUACCAUAUAAACUGGGGGACGAAUUUAAAGAUCUCUUUUGCAUCAUCAACGAUCUACCGAUACAUUCAAUUGAAACUCGCGAGUCUCACUCAAGACAAUUCAGGUUGACGUGCAAAGGAGACUCUAGUAAUUGUGACUGAAGAAGACGUGAAACACCUUUACACGGAUCUUUUUUGCAAGACUGUAUUAAUUCAAAACAGACGCUAUCUGUAAGGAUACGCCUUGACGUGGUAAAUUAGAUUGAAAAACAGAGCCUGGAAGCAGCCAUUAGUUACAGCAAACGCCUGUGGUUGUACAAGAAUCGAAAGAGAUGUAUACCAACCAAACACAAAACAAUUCCGCGAUAAAUGCAGCCACCUCUGAAGGAGGUGAAUCAUUAACAUUCAAAAUCGUCAAGCUAUCGUUAUACGCGUUAAUAUUCAUCAUCAGUAUCAUCGGGAAUGCCUUAGUUUGUAUAGUCAUAGCGAGACGUCGUCGCAUGCGAACUGUAACAAACUAUUUUAUUUUAAACCUUGCCAUUGCAGACCUCGCAGUAACAUGCAUAUGCAUUCCUUUUGAUAUUCCAGUUCAGGAGAAUGGAUAUAUAUGGCCUUAUGGACCAUUUAUUUGCAAGAUACUUUGGCCUUUACAAACGAUGUGCUUAUUUGUAUCUAUUUUCACAUUAACCGCUGUAAGUUUGAACAGAUUUUGGGCGAUUGUGUAUCCAUUGCGAAGGCAGAUGACUAAAGGAAAUGCAACAGUCGUCAUCAUAUUGAUAUGGCUGCUUUCUCUCGUUUUAAGUACUCCCUACGUCAUGGUGCUUGGGAUUAAGGGGAAUUACUGCGAGGAAACAUGGCCAAACACUGGUCCAUACCGUAAAGCAUACACAUUAAGUAUCUUUGUAUUCCAAUAUCUACUUCCAUUGACUGUUAUUAGUGCGGUUUAUGUAAAAAUUGGAAUUGAACUUAGAAAAUGUAUCGGCCCGCACCAGACUAACGCGGCUCUCUACCGUGCACARCAAGAAGAUGCCACCAAAGUGGUCCGCAUGCUUAUCAUCGUAACUGUUUUAUUUGCGUUAUGUGUUCUUCCUAACAAUAUUAUGUGGAUUUGGCUAGACUUUGGUAAGGGCGAUUCCUACGAACACUUUUGGCACAUGGUCGCGGUUACAAACAUUAUUUUAUUUGCAAAUAGCGCAACGAAUCCUGUGGCAUAUACCAUAUGUCAUGAACGAUUUCGUGAAGAGUUUAAGCUGUACUUCACGUGCGAUAAGAGAAUCUUUUCCAAUAUGCAAACAUCGGUUUUUUCGCGAACAUUCAARAGUUUUCGCACAAGCAAUGGCAUGGAUAAGAGUACACCGUCCACUCCAGAUGAAAAUAUCAUGAUUUGCGCAAAAGAAACCGUAGUAUGAAAACACGAACAGCAAGACUAUUGCUUAAUACAKCACAUACUACGUGUAUAGUAUCAAAGCUAUCGGUAGUUAAAGACAUUAAAGCGAUGGGCAGGUAUUUWUCAGGAGCGUACGACACGCAAAUGGUGUCAACAAUACUUCAAUAAAUAUAUUUUAAAAAUUUAGGGAAAAUGUUCUCUAUGCGAGCGAAUUCUACAUUAGUAUCUUAGGAGACAACAGCAAGCAAAGGUUGUGAAUGUCAAUAWGUCAUAUUAUGACAGUAAAAUACUUAGUUCUAUUGAUGUAGUUCUAAUAUUGUGCACAUGCGACAGUUAUGUCGGAGAUUUAAUCUUUUAUAUUACUUCUAAUGCUGUGAGGUUUUAACGAUCAAUCAUCACGAAUAAGAUUUGCUGUAGAAGGUUCGCCUCAAAAGUGGACUCUUGACAUUCUUAAUAAGGUCAGACUGAAUGAACUUCGGCGUAAGAACAAUUGCUAUGUAAUCCGACUAUAAAAAAAACUCCCAGUGUUAAUUAAUUUCUGUGAAAAAGCAUYGUGAAGCCUAUACUAGUACAGUCCAACAUAGAUGUCGUCUCUGGCGGACAACUUAUCAAGUAAGGAAACAGGUGGACAUAUUUCUCAGACAGACAAUUUAAUCCAUCUUUUCUCGAUUGUUCACGUGGUUAGGUUGAUUUUUACUGUGAUUUUAUUAAACCUUUCAACCUCUCUUUAUAA